AUGUCUCAUACUAUACUUUCAUCAAAUACACAUAAAAUAUAUAAUUCCCAUGUCUGGUUUACAUCCAUCACAAUUGUAGCUAUAGCAGGUACAAUUUUGUAUCAACGCCGGCGAAAACAUAUUGCCCGUACCACAGAACAACAAGUGAAGGACUAUCUUUUGAAAACAAGAGAACCCGAGACGUCUCAAACAAAAUCUACUGAAAAUAGUGAAGAUGAAGGCGGCCUAGCAUCUUACUUAACCUUACCAUCUAUCGAGAGCGCAGACGAAUUCAUAAGCAGUUUAUUCUCAACAUAUUAUCUGCCUUAUAUUCCAUCCGUCGCCAUACCUAACAUGCCAUCACUGGAAGACAUUAAUAACCGUAUAUCAGACAUGUAUCCUGGUUUUAUGGGUCAAUUUGAAGCUAUAAGAGAGAGCUACACAAAUUUCUGGGAAUUCCUUUCUUUAGAAGAUUUUAGAAAGAUGGUAGAAGAAACCCGGAAGGAUGACACAAAUGCGAGUGUGUUCCCAGAGAUCGAAAAGGAUGCUUCCGUACGUAUGGGGACCGGUCUAUCAGAAGAUGAGAUAUCAUUCAUAAAGGCAAGAAAACUGAAAAUUCGGGAUGCAUUUGCACAUUUCAUUGGAGUUGAUCCAUCAUUAGUUGAAGAAGAAGAUGUUCCUGUGAUUGGAAUUGCGUCAAGUGGUGGCGGGUACCGUGCUAUGGUGGCUAGCUCGGCAUAUAUGAAAGCUAUGGACGAUACGGGAUUGAUGGAUUGUGUGAUGUACAUGGCUGGUGUUUCCGGAUCAACGUGGGCUAUCGCACAAUACUUUAGUUCCUUGACGAAUGCAUCGUUCUCGGCCCUUCAAGACCAUCUCAAGAGUCAUCUACACACACACAUUGCCAAUGUAUCCAAUUUUCUGACUGUUCUGUACGCCUCUGCGCACAACACUAAAGUACUAUUACGUGGUGUAAUACAACGCUAUUAUCAGCAAGAGGGUACACUCAAUCUUGUCGAUGUCUUUGGACUCUUGCUUGGCGGUACUCUCCUGACUACCAUGGAAGAAGUUUCUCCGUCUGAUAAAGCCGAUAAUGACAUUAAUGAAGACCAAGCGAAGGAAUACACUGAAAAAAUCGAGCCCAAAGAAGUCUCCAAGGAACAACAAAGGGGAACUGAAAAGGGAACCAUAAAAGAAGAUGACGGAGCAGAGAAACGGCCUCGAUUAAUAGGCAGAGCAGAUCUGAAGUUAUCAAACCAAAGACACUAUAUUGAUGAUGGAUCGCAGCCAAUGCCGAUAUAUUGUGUUGUACGUCAUGAAAUAACCUACGCCACAGAAGAUAAAGAGGAUUCUAAUAGUGAAGAGAGUAAGAAUGAUGUAGAAAAGGAGAUUGACAGCGUAUACCAAUGGUUCGAAUUUACUCCUUAUGAGAUGGGUAGCGAAGAAAUUAGCGCCUGGAUUCCGGUGUGGUCUUUUGGAAGAAGAUUUGACAGCAAAAAUAAUACAGAGAGGCUUCCGGAACAGACCAUUGGUAUUCUCAUGGGUCUAUUUGGUUCUGCAUUUGCUGCAAGUCUGGCUCAUUUUUACUAUGAGAUCCGUGGAUUUUUACCUUCGUCUGCCCUACAGACAGCAGAUGACACCAUAUUGCGUUAUGAGAAUUCCAUGUCUACAUUUCAUCCAAUCUCUCCUGCCACUUUCCCUAAUCCAUUUUACAACCUUCCUUCCCGGGAAGACGAUAAUGUAAUCCGAUCAGAGUCUCUUGUGAGCUCCGAUAAACUAAGCUUGAUGGAUGCCGGUAUGGACAACAAUAUUCCAUUUUACCCCCUAUUGCGUAAAGGACGUGAUGUCGACGUAAUCCUGGCAUUGGAUUUGAGUGCGGCUAUUCAAGAAAACUCGCAUUUUGAACGUGCGGAAGGCUAUGUUAAGCGUCGAGGGAUCCUUGGUUGGCCUCUGGGUGCUGGGUGGCCAAAAAACAAUAUCUCUGAUGAACUCGGAUCAAAGGAUGGUGGAGCAGAUAAUAUGGACGCAACCAAUGAAGGUGAAACACUCUGUGGAACAGAAAAACUCAAUAUGUCCAAGGAUCAUAAGCAAGCGCGCGAAGAAAUGAAGGAGGCAAUUGAAGAGAGUGCUCAAGCAAAGAAGACGCGAUAUCCUUUGGGUACAUGUGCUGUGUUUGCUACCAGCACAUCUGAAACUACAUCUCAUGAGGAGACUGAUGGGGAGCCUUCCACACGUACAACAUAUCCUAACCACAGCAAUCCGAUUACAUUACUGUACUUUCCAUUAAUCCAGAACGAAGACUAUGAUGAUGGAUUUGAUCCUCAAACAGCAGAAUUCUGUAGCACGUGGAAUUUUGUGUAUACAAGCGAGCAGGUCACAAAACUAUCUGGGUUAGCAGAGGCAAAUUUUAAAGACAAUCUUGCCAAAGUCAAGCAAACACUUGUGGCUGUGUGGGAAAGAAAGAAGAGAGAGAGACUGGGAAAAUUGUGA